CAAUUAUUAACUCUAAUAAAAAAAAAAUGGCACCAAGAAGGUACAGGUCAAACAUAAUGGUAGCAUAAAGUACUUACUUAAUAGUAACUGAAAUGAAAUGAUAAAAAGGGAUAUUUAUCCAACGUUAUCAUAUUGGUCAGUUUAGUAGCUGGAUAGAAAGUUUGAGUUGUUCAUCUUCACCCUCCCUCAUGGCUUCUUCUCUUACAUUCUCUCUAAUUCAGACUCUGAAUUCUCGUACCCCUCCUCUGAUUUCCGUCUCGCCAAUUCCUUUUCGAACGCCACACAUUUCAACAGGUUCUUCCACCUUAGCAAAAAAUGCUCAUCACCACUUCAACUUGAAGAACAAACACCUUACAAGGACAUCUUCCGAAGGUACAGAAGGUCCACUUGAAGUAGCUGAAGAAUCAAAAUUUGUUCCUUUAAAUGCCGAAGAUGCACAAUACGGUCCACCUGCUUUGUUAUUGCUGGGUUUUGAAGUGGAAGAAAUUGGGAAGAUACAACAGUUUUUGAAAGAGUUGGAUGGCGAAUUCUUACAGAUUAUUCUUUGCACCGAAGACAUGAUUACUCGUUCACUCUGGGAGGCUAUUAAUACAAAGCAGCCCAAUCUGAAGGAAGUGAAGAUAGCCAAGUCACUGCCACGCAUUUGCUUUUUAUCUGGUCUCAGUGGAGAGGAGAUGAUAAUGUUCAUUGAUGCUUUUCCAGAGGCUGGACUAGAACCAGCUAUCUUUGCAGCACUAGUUCCAAACAGUGCCGAUAAACCUAUGCAGGAGGUGAUAGAAGAGAUAAUGGGAGACCAUGAAAUGAUGAAAUCAAAACAAUGAGCGAGAAAGCUCCAAAUCUCCGGAGGAAAGAAGUUUUGCUCCACGGUUUCCGCUGCAGCUUCUGAAAAUGCGGACAAGACCUAGGCUUCAUUUGGGGCAGGCAAUAUUUUUCUGUCGACCUUUGUUAGUUGAGAUUUAUUAUAUGUAUAAAAAUAGACCUGAAUAUCAAUAUUCUCCCAAUAUCUCCACAGUGUAAUCCAAAAUUGUUUGCUGUAGAAAAGUAAACAUGUACCAACUAUGACUUGGAGGUUCGUUAUUCGCAUUCUUAUUUGCUGAUCAAGAAAUACAUUCCAUUCAAGAAGUACAACGAAUGCUAUUGUAAUCAUAAUGAAAAUAAAGAGAGAAAGUUUAUCUUAUUUGCAUAAUGCCAAUUGAACAGUAAUGAAUGAAAACUAUAACGCAAGCAGUACAUAUAAUUUGCAGCCAGAACAAGCAAAAAAUUUCAAUGAUCCAUUCCACGGCAUUAUGUACAAUAUGCAAAUUGCAAGGCAUAUUCCAAUGACCCAUAUUAAUCUGAUAGGAUUAUCUGUUGAUGAAAUACUACACUUUGCCAGCUGGUGAUACAGGGAGAACAUGCAAGACGCCUAUAGAAAUUAAGAAGCCUGAUUCUUCAGUAUAAUUCAACUGGAGUCAUCACAGUAUCAAGCAGCCAAAGCAUUUUGCAUAAUACAAGACUACAAGUUAAACAAUGUCGAGGCCAUCUAAAUUAACCUUGGACAUCUUUGAGAAACAAUUUGACAGAUCCAAUGAACUCAAACAAAUGAAAGAUGAGCUUUUGACUAAAAUGUUAGCAUAUAAAUGAUUUUUUUAUACCCAAUAAUGCCGAGAUUUAACCAAUGCUGCAUUGACUGCAACUGAAUUCUAUAUUCUCUCCAUCCAUUAAUUCAUACUCUGUUCCACACUUAAAAUGAUUUCUUUUAUCUCCUAAACUUCUAACCAAGCCUAAGAAGGAAACCCACUGUAUCAUCUUCCAGCAUUACCCAACUCAAACUCGAUGCUAAAAGAGUUUAAUCAAAUAAAGAAAGUUAAUAACUUCAUAAGGCAAAGCCCAGUAAUUUGAUUAACCCCAUAUCAAGAGCAACUCCACCUGUUGACAUCAGUCAUCCUCAUCACCACUCUCAUCGCUGAAGUAACUAGUCUUCUUGAACUUCUUCUUCUUCUCUUCCUCACCACAACCACUAUCACCGCCGGUUGCUUCUCUCAACAACCUCUCGUCCGCGCCACUAUCUACCACCGACGCCCAAUUAUCAUCCUCAAACACUUCCCCAGCUCCAUCAGACCACCCCGCUUCGUUAUCCUCCUCGUCUUCCCUCUUCAAAUUCUCGCCACCCCUCCUCAAUUUCUUCGGCGGAGGUCGCUCUCUCGGCCCGAGCUGGUUCUUCGGACACUCGUAAGAUAGGUGACCUUCGGCACCACACUCGUAGCACCGACUCUUGUCCCUGUAAACCCUCUUGCGGAUGAACUCCGAGGCUCGGCCAUUAUCUGCGGCGAUCGAAGCCGUUAGGGUUCUCCCGUUGAGGACCUUCCCGUGCAUCUGGCGGGCUGCCGAGACGGCGUCGUUCCGCGAUACGAACUGGACGAAGGCCACGCCACGGCUGAGGCGGGUCUGGCGGUCCUUGAGGACAGAGACGCGAGCGACUUUGCCAAAGGUGGAGAAGAGUGUGUGGAGAUCGGAAUUAGUGAGGGAGUAAUCGAUGUUGGAGACGUAAAGGGUCGAUUUAGAAGGAGCUAGGGCACCUGAACCGGAGCUGGAGGGUUUGGUCCCAGAGGCGGAGGUCCGUGACAGUUGGUUGGCGGGGGGAGUAGGAGCCGAAGCGUAACGGUAAUAGAAGGUUUCGUCAUCGUCUUCAUCACUAUCGGGUCUCCUCUUUUUGUUGUUCUUCUUCGCCAUUGAUUC